AUGGCGGACCGCGGCCUGGAGGGCAUGGCUCUGCCGCUGGAGGUGCGGGCCCGGCUGGCCGAGCUGGAGCUGGAGCUGUCGGAAGGUGACAUCACCCAAAAAGGAUAUGAAAAGAAGAGGUCGAAACUCAUUGGAGCCUACCUGCCCCAGCCUCCGACAGCGAACGGAGCUGCCGUGGUCCGCUGCAGGCUGCAGCACGGUGAAGGCGCCCCGGGAAGAGCACCGCGCUCCGGCAACAUCGGGGUGUGCGACGUCCGAGAAGCCGCGGGCCGAGAGCGGGUGGCCAGCACCGCGGGGAACCGGCCGCUGUUUUACUUUCGCUUCGGGGUGGAUCAGGCGUUGCCUCCCGAGCGCCGGGCUCCCGUCACUCCUGCUCCUUCCACUCGCUAUCACCGCCGGAGGUCCUCAGGGUCACGAGAUGAGCGCUACCGGUCAGACGUCCACACGGAAGCCGUGCAGGCGGCACUGGCCAAGCACAAGGAGAGGAAGAUGGCGGUGCCCAUGCCUUCCAAGCGCAGGUCCUUGGUGGUGCAGACCUCGAUGGACGCCUACACGCCCCCAGAUACGUCGUCCGGCUCGGAAGACGAGGGCUCGGUGCAGGGGGACUCGCAGGGGACGCCCACCUCCAGCCAGGGAAGCAUCAACAUGGAGCACUGGAUCAGCCAGGCCAUCCACGGCUCCACCACCUCCACCACCUCGUCCUCCUCCACCCAGAGUGGGGGCAGUGGCGCCGCCCACCGGCUGGCUGAUGUCAUGGCCCAGACGCACAUAGAGAAUCACUCUGCACCUCCUGACGUGACGACUUACACCUCAGAACAUCCGAUCCAAGUGGAAAGGCCGCAGGGCUCCACGACGUCGCGGACGGCGCCCAAGUAUGGCAACGCGGAGCUCAUGGAGACAGGCGACGGGGUGCCUGUAAGCAGUCGGGUGUCGGCGAAAAUCCAGCAGCUCGUCAACACCCUCAAGCGACCGAAGCGGCCGCCGUUACGCGAGUUCUUCGUGGAUGACUUUGAGGAACUGCUGGAAGUUCAACAACCAGAUCCGAACCAGCCCAAGCCGGAGGGAGCACAGAUGCUGGCCAUGCGCGGGGAGCAGCUGGGAGUAGUCACCAACUGGCCCCCGUCCCUGGAAGCCGCGUUGCAGCGCUGGGGGACCAUCUCCCCGAAGGCCCCCUGCCUGACCACGAUGGACACGAAUGGGAAGCCGCUGUACAUCCUCACUUACGGCAAACUGUGGACAAGAAGUAUGAAGGUUGCUUACAACAUUCUGCAUAAAUUAGGUACCAAGCAAGAGCCGAUGGUGCGACCUGGUGACCGGGUGGCGCUGGUGUUUCCCAACAACGACCCCGCUGCCUCCAUGGUGGCCUUCUACGGCUGCCUGCUGGCCGAAGUGGUCCCCGUGCCCAUCGAAGUGCCGCUCACGAGGAAGGAUGCUGGAAGCCAGCAGAUCGGGUUCUUGCUCGGGAGCUGUGGAGUCACCGUGGCCUUGACGAGCGACGCCUGCCACAAAGGACUACCGAAAAGCCCGACGGGCGAGAUCCCGCAGUUCAAAGGGUGGCCGAAACUGCUGUGGUUUGUCACCGAGUCAAAGCACCUCUCUAAGCCGCCUCGAGACUGGUUCCCACACAUCAAAGACGCAAACAACGACACCGCGUACAUAGAGUAUAAGACGUGCAAGGACGGGAGCGUGCUCGGGGUGACCGUGACCAGGAUCGCGCUGCUGACCCACUGCCAGGCCCUCACGCAGGCGUGCGGCUACACGGAAGCGGAAACCAUAGUGAACGUGCUGGACUUCAAGAAGGACGUUGGGCUCUGGCAUGGAAUCCUGACCAGUGUCAUGAACAUGAUGCACGUCAUCAGCAUCCCGUACUCGCUGAUGAAGGUGAACCCGCUGUCCUGGAUUCAGAAGGUCUGCCAGUACAAAGCGAAAGUGGCUUGUGUGAAAUCCAGGGACAUGCACUGGGCGCUGGUGGCACACAGAGAUCAGAGGGACAUCAACCUCUCUUCCCUGCGGAUGCUGAUCGUGGCCGAUGGCGCAAAUCCCUGGUCCAUCUCGUCCUGUGACGCCUUCCUCAACGUCUUCCAGAGCAAAGGCCUGCGCCAGGAGGUCAUCUGUCCGUGCGCCAGCUCCCCGGAAGCCCUCACCGUGGCCAUCCGGAGGCCCACAGACGACAGCAACCAGCCCCCGGGCCGGGGCGUCCUCUCCAUGCACGGGCUGACCUACGGCGUCAUCCGCGUGGACUCGGAGGAGAAGCUGUCUGUGCUUACCGUGCAGGACGUCGGCCUCGUGAUGCCUGGUGCCAUUAUGUGUGCUGUGAAGCCGGACGGAAUCCCUCAGCUCUGUAGAACGGAUGAGAUCGGGGAGCUCUGCGUGUGCGCCAUCGCGACGGGCACGUCUUACUACGGCCUCUCGGGCAUGACCAAGAACACCUUCGAGGUGUUUCCCGUGACAAGCUCAGGGGCCCCUGUCGGCGAGUACCCCUUCGUCAGGACGGGCCUGCUGGGCUUCGUCGGCCCCGGGGGGCUUGUCUUCGUGGUGGGCAAGAUGGACGGACUCAUGGUGGUCAGCGGGCGCAGACACAAUGCUGACGACAUCGUGGCCACAGCGCUGGCCGUGGAGCCCAUGAAAUUCGUCUACAGGGGAAGGAUCGCCGUGUUCUCGGUGACCGUCCUGCACGACGAGAGGAUCGUGAUCGUGGCCGAGCAGAGGCCCGACUCCACGGAGGAGGACAGCUUCCAGUGGAUGAGCAGGGUUCUCCAGGCGAUUGACAGCAUCCAUCAAGUUGGGGUUUACUGCCUGGCCUUGGUUCCAGCAAACACCCUCCCCAAAACCCCACUCGGCGGGAUCCACCUGUCAGAAACGAAGCAGCUCUUCCUGGAGGGCUCACUUCACCCCUGCAAUGUCCUGAUGUGCCCCCAUACCUGUGUCACAAACUUGCCUAAACCUCGACAGAAGCAACCAGAAAUCGGCCCCGCCUCUGUGAUGGUGGGGAACCUGGUAUCUGGGAAGAGGAUCGCACAGGCCAGCGGCAGGGAUCUGGGCCAGAUUGAAGACAAUGACCAGGCCCGCAAGUUCCUUUUCCUGUCGGAGGUCCUGCAGUGGAGGGCGCAGACCACCCCCGACCACGUCCUGUACACGCUGCUCAACUGUAGGGGUACGAUAGCGAGCUCACUCACGUGCGUGCAGCUGCACAAACGAGCCGAGAAGAUCGCCGUGAUGCUCAUGGAGAGAGGACACCUGCAAGACGGGGACCACGUGGCUCUCGUCUACCCGCCAGGGAUAGACCUCAUCGCGGCGUUUUAUGGCUGCCUCUACGCGGGCUGCGUGCCAAUCACCGUCCGCCCCCCUCACCCACAGAACAUCGCAACGACGUUGCCGACUGUGAAGAUGAUCGUGGAGGUGAGUCGCUCCGCCUGCUUGAUGACGACGCAGCUCAUCUGUAAGUUGUUGCGGUCCAGGGAGGCGGCAGCGGCCGUAGACGUCAGGGCCUGGCCCCCCAUCCUGGACACAGACGAUUUGCCAAAGAAGCGGCCUGCCCAGAUCUACAAACCUUCCAACCCAGACACGCUCGCUUAUCUUGACUUCAGCGUGUCCACGACCGGGAUGCUCGCCGGAGUGAAGAUGUCUCACGCAGCCACCAGUGCCUUCUGCCGUUCCAUUAAGCUGCAGUGUGAGCUCUACCCCUCUCGAGAAGUGGCCAUCUGCCUGGACCCGUACUGUGGACUCGGGUUCGUCCUGUGGUGCCUCUGCAGCGUGUACUCCGGGCACCAGUCCAUUCUCAUCCCGCCUUCCGAGCUGGAGACCAGCCCUGCCCUGUGGCUUCUCGCCGUGAGCCAGUACAAAGUCCGGGAUACGUUUUGCUCCUAUUCAGUCAUGGAACUUUGCACCAAGGGGCUGGGCUCGCAGACAGAGUCCCUCAAGGCGCGAGGACUGGACCUGUCCCGCGUGCGGACGUGUGUGGUGGUGGCCGAGGAGCGGCCUCGGAUAGCGCUCACGCAGUCCUUCUCGAAGCUCUUUAAAGACCUGGGUCUGCACCCGCGGGCCGUGAGCACCUCCUUCGGCUGCAGAGUGAACCUGGCCAUCUGCCUGCAGGGGACCUCGGGACCUGACCCAACCACCGUCUAUGUUGAUAUGCGAGCUCUGAGACACGACAGAGUCCGCUUGGUGGAAAGAGGCUCCCCUCACAGCCUGCCCCUCAUGGAGUCAGGAAAAAUACUUCCAGGGGUUCGGAUCAUAAUUGCGAAUCCAGAAACGAAAGGACCGUUGGGUGACUCCCACCUGGGUGAGAUCUGGGUUCACAGCGCCCACAACGCCAGUGGCUACUUCACCAUUUACGGAGACGAGUCCCUCCAGUCAGACCACUUCAACUCAAGGUUAAGUUUUGGAGACACGCAGACAGUCUGGGCGCGGACAGGCUACUUGGGGUUCCUACGGAGGACGGAGCUCACGGACGCAAACGGAGAGCGCCACGACGCCCUGUACGUGGUAGGCGCGCUGGACGAAGCCAUGGAGCUGCGGGGCAUGCGGUACCACCCGAUCGACAUCGAGACCUCGGUCAUCCGAGCCCACAAGAGCGUCACGGAGUGCGCGGUGUUCACCUGGACUAAUUUGUUGGUGGUCGUGGUUGAGCUUGAUGGGUCAGAGCAGGAAGCCUUGGACCUGGUGCCCUUGGUGACCAACGUGGUCCUGGAGGAGCACUACCUGGUGGUGGGGGUCGUGGUCGUGGUGGACAUCGGCGUCAUCCCCAUCAACUCCCGGGGAGAGAAGCAGCGGAUGCACCUGCGAGACGGGUUUUUGGCCGACCAGCUGGACCCCAUCUACGUGGCAUACAACAUGUAGCGUCAUCUCUGGCUCCCACAGACUUUUCUAGGAAAGUAACCGUUUCUAUCAGUGUCCCAAACGUUUGCAGACACGGGGGCGACAUUCACCGGAACGGAGCCUCUGUUCGCGCGGCGGUGAGACUUUCCGUAGCAGUCCUGAUUGGCAUGGGGGUGGAACGUGGAAUGUGCAUUACCACUGAAGCUUGCUCAGAAGGACUUUGGAUUACUGCCUUCGGUUUGUUGGAAAAACCCAUUUCAAAAACUUUCUUUUCUUUUUUUUUUAAUUAUUGAAUAAUAAGUGCUUUCUUCGUAAAUGUGGUAUUUUGUUAAGCCAAAAUAGCAAUUAAAAAAAUAUUCUGCCCUCCAGGUGGGUUCUUUUAAACAAUUUAUGUAGUGUGACAAAGAAUUGUUUUCUCUGUUUAAUGUGUCAUGAAAUCUUAAUGACAUGAACCUUGUUACUAAUUUAAGCCAUUGCUAGAUUUCAUCCUUUUAGGAAAGUUUGUUGAGGUACGAGAAAACCUUCCAAAUAGCACCUUCCAAUUAGAUUUUAGCAGCUUUCUUUGUCAGAAGUGUGCUGGAGAAACAAAGGCUAACAUACAGCCUUUGAAGUUAGCAUAGAGUGAGAAGAAAUUAUAAAUAAGGUGUAUUUCGGCAACUAUCUUGCAGAUACCUUUGUACUAAACUAAAAAGAUAAAAUAAGUUAACUUCUUCACAUGUAAUUAUGUACAAAACGUUUAAUUUAUUUUGAUCUCUUUAGAAGUAUAAAAGAGAAAAACAUUCAAGAACAUUAAAGUCUUGUAAUGUUUGCUAAUAUAAAAAAAGUGUUGUAUUAUCUUGCGUGGAUAGUAUCACAACAAAUAUAUAUAUAUAUGAAAUAUAAAUUCACUAAUGAACAAAGGAGAUUUUAAAGUUUAAAAUGCAGAAGCUGUCACUUGCAUGGUGUUCCCCUCACUGUACUGUAGAUAAAGCGAGAUUGUCUCACACCCACUUUGCUGACACGAGCAAUCCCGGAUUGCCUGUAGCCCGGUCUACCUGUUUCUUCUAGAACCAGAGACCAGCAAGUGAAGUUGUUGCCAUCUCAGAGAUGGGGAAGGAAUCGGAGGCUAAACGUGCACUAUUUUCCCUUUGCCGUGGGGGCAGCGGUGAGCGGUCUGUGCCAGUGCGUGCUUGCGACACUGAGCGGGCAUCAGGGAAGGCAGGUGGUGAGCGCCACUGUUCUCUUAGCUGCAAGAAUUCCUUGUUCUUCAUCAUUUUUGUUCACGUCACCCUUUCUGGUCCUUGGUAUGGAAAGGAAUGCUCUUCCGUGGUGGUUUGCACCGGUUGCGUCGA